CUCUCCUUUUCCUUGACGUGACGGUUGCCUACUAGUUCGCCCAAUAAUAAGGAUCUCGCUGGACCCUUUGCGUUCGCUCCCCGCGGCCGGGCGGCAGCGCGCCUCCUUCCUCCGAGACCCUUCCACUCGUCCCGCGUCGAUCGCCAAAAAUGAACGCCGGAAGCGCCGCCAAGCUCAUCGUCGAGGCGCUUCUCCAGCGUUUCCUCCCUCUCGCCCGCCGCCGCAUCGAGACGGCCCAGGCUCAGGAUGGGCAAUAUCUUCGACCAUCUGAUCCAGCUUAUGAGCAAGUGUUGGAUUCAUUAGCUAUGGUUGCACAGCAUACACCUGGACCACUUUUAGAAGCUCUUCUUCGUUGGAGAGAGAGUGAAUCACCAAAGGGUGCAAAUGAUGCUUCCACAUAUCAGAAGAAGCUUGCAGUGGAGUGCAUAUUCUGCUCUGCUUGCAUUCGCUUUGUGGAGUGUUGUCCCCAAGAAGGAAUUACUGAAAACCUAUGGUCUGGUCUGGAAAAUUUUGUGUUCGAUUGGUUAAUUAAUGCAGAUAGGGUUGUUAGCCAGGUUGACUAUCCAUCAUUGGUUGAUUUGCGUGGGCUUCUCUUAGAUCUUGUUGCACAACUUUUAGGUGCUUUAUCGCGGAUUAGGUUCAGCUCCGUAACAGAACGAUUUUUUAUGGAGCUAAAUACUCGGCGUAUUGACACUAGCGUUGCCAGAAGUGAGACGCUCAGUAUCAUCAAUGGGAUGCGCUACCUAAAGCUGGGAGUAAAGACAGAAGGUGGUUUGAAUGCAUCAGCAUCUUUUGUGGCAAAAGCUAAUCCUCUUAAUCGUACUCCUCACAAGAGAAAGAGUGAACUAUAUCAUGCAUUGUGCAAUAUGCUUUCAAGCAUAUUAGCACCACUUGCAGAGAGUGGAAAAGGCCAUUGGCCUCCAUUGGGAGUGGAAUCUGCACUAGCAUUAUGGUAUGAAGCAGUAGCUCGAAUUAGAGGGCAACUUAUGCAUUGGAUGGAGAAACAGAACAAGCAUAUAACAGUUGGCUUCCCAUUGGUGACCCUUCUACUCUGUCUAGGCGAUCCCCAAGCAUUUAAUACUAACUUUGGUCCUCAUAUGGAGCUUUUGUAUAAGAAUCUUAAAGAUAAGAACCAUCGGUCGAUGGCACUAGAUUGCUUGCACCGGGUUGUGAAAUUUUAUUUAAAUGUUUAUGCAGAUUUCCAGCCUAAAAACCAAGUAUGGGAUUACUUGUACAGUGUGACAGCACAGUUGUUGACUGUCUUAAAGAAAGGUUUGCUAACUCAAGAUGUUCAGCAUGAUAAACUUGUUGAGUUCUGUGCGACUUUAGCUGAGAGUAACCUAGAUUUCACUAUGAAUCAUAUGAUACUAGAAUUGUUGAAACCUGAUAGUCUGAGUGAAGCAAAGGUUAUUGGUCUUCGGGCUUUGCUUGCCAUUGUUAUGUCUCCUUCAAAUCAACAAUUUAGCUUGGAAGUUUUUCAUGUUCAUGGUAUUGGUCAUUACGUUCCGAAAGUGAAAUCUGCUAUUGAGUCUAUCAUACGAUCAUGCAAUAAAGCCUAUAGCCAAGCCCUUCUUACUUCACCAAAGUCAACCAUAGAUAAUGCAACGAAGGAAAAAUCUCAAGCGUCUCUCUUCAGGUCAGUGCUGAAGUGCAUACCAUAUUUGAUUGAAGAAGUUGGCCGCAGUGAUAAGAUAACUGAAAUUAUUCCACAGCAUGGCAUAAGUUUUGAUCCUGGUGUUCGUGAAGAAGCAGUGCAAGUAAUGAACCGCAUUGUACGACAUCUUCCUCAUCGUCGUCAUGCUGUGGUGAGAGGGAUGGCUACCUUUAUACUGAAACUUCCUGAUGAGUUUCCUCUUUUAAUCCAAACUUCACUGGUCCGCCUAGUGGAACUUAUACGUUUGUGGAGGGCUUGUUUGUCUGAUAAACUGUUGGUAAAUGAUGCUCAUAGCAUUAAGAGACCAUGUCUUGAUGGUGAAAAGGUGAACAGGUCUCCAUUUCUUCAGUCAGCAGAUCCUUCUGAGUUCCAAACAACAGAAGUAGAUGCACUUGGUCUUUUUUUCCUCAGUUCAGUGGAUGUCCAGAUAAGACAUACAGCAUUAGAGUUACUGCGGUCUGUUCGUGUUUUAAGAAAUGAUAUCAGAAACCUCUCAGCAAAUGGCCGAGCUGAUAAUAAAUUAUUUGAGGUGGAACCAAUAUUUGUCAUUGACGUAUUGGAAGAAAAUGGAGAUGAUUUUGUUUUGAGUAGCUACUGGGAUUCUGGUCGUCCUUUUGAUUUGAGGAGGGAAUUCGAUCCAGUGCCUCCAGACAUAACACUUCAGUCCAUUCUUGAAAACCCUGAUAAAAACAGAUGGGCCCGCUGUCUUAGUGAACUUGUUAAGUUUGCUGCUGAACUUUGCCCAACUUCUGUUCAGGAAGCAAGGCUGGAGGUAAUACGUAGGCUUGCACUUGUUACACCUGUUGAAUUAGGUGGGAAGGCUUAUCAGUCACAAGAUGCAGAAAACAAACUUGACCAAUGGUUAAUGUAUGCUAUGUUUGCAUGCUCCUGUCCAACUGAUAACAGAGAAGACCGGGCCUUUACAGCAGCUAAGGAGCUUUUUCAUCUCAUAUUCCCAGCACUUAGACAUGGAUCUGAAAUAUACACUCAUGCAGCUAUCACUGCUCUUGGCCACUCAAACCUGGAAGUAUGUGAAACAAUGUUUGGUGAGCUUGCAUCAUUUGUUGAGGAAGUUUCGUCAGAAGCAGAGGGAAAGUCAAAAUGGAAGAACCAGAAGUCCCGCCGUGAGGAUCUUCGCAUACACAUUGCAAACAUAUAUCGUACAAUCGCUGAGAAAGUUUGGCCAGGGAUGCUUAGUCGGAAAGCUAUUUUGCGACUACAUUUUCUGAAAUUUAUUGAAGAAACAUACCGCCACAUAUGCGCAUCACAAUCUGAUAGUUUUCAGGAAUUGCAGCCUCUCCGUUAUGCGUUAGCUUCUGUGAUACGAUAUUUAGCUCCAGAAUUUGUGGAGUCAAAGUCUGAUAAGUUUGAUGUCAGAAUUCGUAAGAAGCUUUUUGAUCUUCUUCUUAGUUGGUGUGAUGAUACAGGCAGCACAUGGUCACUUGAAAACAUUAGUGAGUACCGCAGAGAAAUUGAGCGCUACAAGUUGGGACAGCACAACCGAUCAAGGGAGUCAAUAGAUAAAUUCAAUUUCGAUAAGGAGGUUUUUGAGCAAGUGGAGGCAGUGCAGUGGGCCUCCAUGAAUGCCAUUGCCUCUCUUUUAUAUGGGCCUUCUUUUGAUGACAAUGCCAGAAAGAUGACUGGUCGGGUUAUAUCUUGGAUCAACAAUUUAUUUAUGGAACCAGCUUAUAGGGCACCAUUUGGGUUUUCACCUGCAGAUCCACGAACUCCAUCAUACACAAAAUACACGGGAGAUGGAGGACGUGUUAGUGCAGGACGAGAUAAACAGAAAAGUGGACAUCUCCGCCUUCUUCUAGCAAAAACUGCAUUAAAAAAUCUUCUCCAGACAAAUUUGGAGCUAUUUCCUGCUUGUAUUGACCAAUGCUACUCUCCAGAUUCUUCAAUAGCAGAUGGUUACUUUAGUGUACUAGCUGAAGUCUAUAUGUGCGAAGAAAUUCCAAAGUGUCAGAUCCAGAGACUGGUAAGUUUGAUCCUCUAUAAGGUAGUUGAUCAGUCAAAACAAGUUCGUGACGAUGCCCUUCAAAUGUUGGAAACCCUUUCUGUCCGUGAAUGGGCUGAAGAUGAAUUUGAGGGUACAGGGCGUUAUCAGGCAUCAGUGGUUGGAAACCUACCAGACUCCUAUCAACAAUUUCAAUAUAAGCUUUCCUCAAAACUUGCUAAAGACCAUCCUGAGCUGAGUGAACUCCUGUGCGAGGAAAUUAUGCAACGACAGCUUGAUGCGGUGGACAUUAUUGCACAGCAUCAGGUCUUAACAUGCAUGGCUCCUUGGAUUGAGAAUCUGAACUUCUUGAAACUUAAGGAAUCUGGCUGGGGUGAAAGAUUAUUGAAAAGCCUUUACUAUGUGACGUGGAAACAUGGUGAUCAAUUUCCUGAUGAAAUAGAGAAGCUGUGGAGCACUGUUGCUAGCAAUAACCGGAAUAUCAUUCCAGUCCUUGGUUUUUUGAUCACCAAAGGGAUUGAAGACUGUGAUUCUAAUACAUCAGCAGAGAUAACUGGAGCAUUUGCUACAUAUUUCUCAGUAGCCAAACGUGUUAGUCUAUAUCUUGCACGCAUUUGCCCACAACAGACCAUUGAUCACUUGGUUUGUGAGUUGUCACAGCGAAUGCUGGAGGAGAUUGAGGAUCCAGUUAGGCCUAGCAAGGAUGAUCCUUUGGCAAGUUUUAUUUUGGAGUUUUCUCAAGGCCCCACAACUUCUCAGGUCACAACUAUUGCGGACAGCCAACCUCACAUGUCGCCUUUGCUUGUUCGUGGUUCCCUUGAUGGGCCACAUAGAAACACCGGCGGUAACCUGAACUGGCGGACUUCAGCAAUAACAGGCCGGAGUAUCUCAGGCCCUCUGAGUCCAUUGCACCCUGAAGGUAACAUUAUUGCUCCUUCCACUGGUCGGUCAGGGCAACUCCUUCCAGCACUUAUGAACAUACCAGGGAUGAGCUUGUCAGGGCCAUUGAUGAGUGUUCGGAAUUCAACAGGUAAUUUAAGGAGCCACCAUAUGUCACGUGACAGUGUAGAUUGCCUAAUUGAUACACCUAACUCUGGUGAGGAUAUUUUGCAUCUUGGGGGUAUUGAACUUCAAGGAAUUAGUGCCAGUGAGCUCCAAUCAGCUUUGCAGGGACAUCAACAACACUUACUAUCCCGUGCAGACAUAGCGUUGAUUUUACUUGCCGAAAUUGCUUAUGAGAAUGAUGAGGAUUUUCGUGAACACUUGCCACUGCUCUUUCAUGUUACUUGUGUCUCCAUGGAUAGCUCAGAAGACAUUGUGCUCCUGCAUUCUCAGAAUCUGCUUGUCAAUUUACUCUAUUCACUUGCUGGUCGGCAUCUAGAACUGUAUAAGGUUGAGAGUGGUGAUAGAGAGAAUAAGCAGAAGCUGUUUAGCUUAAUAAAGUACAUUCAGGCCAAGCGUGGCACUUUGAUGUGGGAGAAUGAGGAUCCAACUCUUGUGAGAACUGAACUACCAAGCACCGCACUGCUUUCGGCACUUGUACUGAGCAUGGUGGAUGCCAUUUUUUUCCAAGGGGAUCUUCGGGAGACAUGGGGUGCGGAAGCACUCAAGUGGGCAACAGAAUGCACGUCUAGACACCUCGCUUGCCGUUCUUAUCAGAUAUAUAGGGCUCUGCGGCCUAGUGUAAAGAGUGAGAAUUGCGUGUUACUUCUCCGUUGCCUCCACAGGUGCCUGGGAAAUCCUGUUCCAGCAGUUCUUGGCUUUGCAAUGGAGAUUCUCUUGACAAUGCAAGUGAUGGUAGAGAUCAUGGAACCUGAGAAGGUAAUCCUCUACCCCCAGCUUUUCUGGGGUUGUGUUGCUAUGAUGCACACAGACUUUGUGCACAUAUAUUGCCAGGUGCUCGAGCUCUUUUCCCGAAUAAUUGAUCGUCUGUCCUUCCAUGAUCAGACAACUGAAAAUGUGUUGCUGUCCAGCAUGCCCCGCGACGAGUUUGACACUUACAAUUGUGAUGCAGCAGAGCUUCACAGGGAAGAAUUACGGUCUUGUGGGAAAUCUUUGCCUAAAGAGGGUGGAAAGGUGCCAGCAUUUGAAGGUGUGCAGCCUCUUGUGCUGAAGGGACUUAUGUCCACUGUCAGUCAUGGUUCUGCAAUCGAGGUGCUAUCUCGAAUGACUGUUCCUUACUGCGACUCUAUAUAUGGGAGCCCGGAGACACGGCUUUUAAUGCACACCACAGGCUUACUGCCCUGGCUUGCCUUACAGCUAAUGAAGGAUCCGAUUGCCACAGACUCGGUUACACCUCUUCGACUUCAGUACCAGAAAGCAUGCUCUGUUGCUUCUGACCUUUCAUUUUGGUGUCGUGCAAAAGCAUUAGAUGAUCUUGCUGAAGUGUUUCUAGCUUAUUCUCACGGUGAGAUCACAUCCAGUGAGGACCUCUUUGCCUGUGUAUCUCCACCAAUUUGUUCUGCAUGGUUCCCCAAACACUCAUCUUUAGCAUUUGGUCAUUUGCUAAGGCUGCUUGAGAAGGGUCCUCUGGCUUACCAGAGGGUGGUACUAUUGACGCUUAAAGCACUGCUGCAGAAGACUCCAAUGGAUGUGGCACAGAGCCCACAUGUGUAUGCUGUUGUCUCACAGCUUGUCGAGAGCACAUUAUGUUGGGAGGCGCUUGGUGUUCUGGAAGCACUUCUGCAAAGUUGUAGCAGUGUUGCUGGUGGCCACAUGGACGAUCUGGGAUCAAACGAAAACGAGUAUGAUGCAAGUGACAGAGUCUUACACGGUAUGUUGGCACCACAGAGCUCAUUCAAGGCACGAAAUGCAACCCUACAGUAUUUGGGUGGAUCUGCAUUUGGAACUGGAUUACCAGCUCAAGGUGCUGGGUCAACGACUGAUGGUGGUUUGUCGGCAGGAGAGGUGGCACUUCAGAAUACUCGUUUGCUUCUUAGUCGUGUGCUGGACAGUUGUGCGCUCGGAAAGAAGAGGGACUUCAAGCGUCUUGUUCCCUUUGUUGCCAGUAUCGGGACAUGAAGCACAUCCGAUGCUAGCAAUAUUACGCAACAAUGUUGAAUGAUCCUUGUACGGUCUCUUUUUGUCCCGAGGCAUAUGGCAACUGCCCCCAAAAUGGGUUUAGGAGCAAGGCUCCUGCUCCAUUGAAGUUAUCUACACCGAUGAAGGCACCAACGAAUGCUGCUAUUCGACUCGGAUGAACUGGAAUCCUGGCACUGGAUCCAGAGAUAUCGAGGAUGUUGGUGGUAGUCGUUUUAAUUUUUCAUGAAGCCUUUUUGCAGUUAUUACUACCAGAAUCUCCUCUAAUUUAAUAUCUCAUUAUAUUUUUGUCCUAUGAAGCAUCUUGGUCUCACAUUUUGAUGAAAAAGUAUGUGGGCACAUUUCAUCGGCUUAUUUAAUAGACUAAGUGAUUCGGAAGUCUCGAUCGACAUCCUAGUUCAGCGUAUUCUCUCCUCCUCGGAGAAUCUGAAAUGUUUUAUCUUUUUGUAUAAAUGAAAAGUCUCCCAUGUAUUUAUGGAGGCUAAUGGUAUGGCUAAUUGGACGGCCUCAGGGCACCAAAACUACCAAUUUUUGGUUUGCUGUGAUGUGAACAGCCAUGUUUAUUUCCAUUAUAAUUAGUAAAAUAUAAUUUCUUUUGUCUGAAAAAAAAGUGCUAUGAUGACCAAAA